AUGGACUCAGGACUGAUCCACCUCCUUGUGUUUACGUCUGUCGAACUGGAGAUUCUAUGCAGACCUGCUACAAAUGCUAAGUUCUCUCUUAUUUUUAAGGGUAUUGGGGUUCGAGUAGGGCUUUAUGCCCAAAUAUUGCUUGGAUGGAUCAUUUAUUACAUAGAGCCAUCUCGCAAAAACUCCCGUACAGUGUACAUGAUGCCAACAGCACUUGUGAUAGCAUCUUUCAUCGAAUCAGGUCUUUACACACUCAGCCUGCUCGAUGGCCUGGUCGUCUCGUUUGUCACAACUAUGAUAUUCAUGUUUUCCGUAGCUGCCUACUCCUCAGAACAAAUAUCACAGCCCCAAUCCGAGCGCCAUUCAGAUCCCGAGUUGCCCCCACAGUUAGGGAUCCAAUCACAACCCGAGACUCAGCCACAAUUGCGGUCCCAAUCUCGCCCCCAGCCUCCAAAUGGGCUUCAUAAACGGAUGUCCGAGAUACUCAUGCGAUUCUGCUUCAUCGCUUCUUGGGGGGCAUGGUCCUUUAACAUAUGGCUCGACCCCUCUAAGUUUGGACACAAAGGCUGUGCGGCUGGGUGUAGUAUGAACAGCAAUAUCAAAAUCCAAUUAUUUAUCCAAGUACAUGCGACAAACCCGACCAUACGGAUCAUAGCAUUCGUGUUAGUCACCAUUGGGUUUUCUGUGGCAAUUUUACAGCUGUUAACCGGAUUAGUAUUAAUGGGGCCACCAGCACCUGGGGAGACCAAUCCAACCUUGAAACCCGAAACACAACCCCAGAUUAGGCAGAUAAUUCAAUCAAUGGCUAUUGUAAUACUCGUGAUUUUAAUGGUUUUUACUGAACGAACCAUCCGUUUGAACGACCCCAAUAAUAAAACCAUGGAGUGGUCAUACGGGCAAACGCUCUCGCUGGUCCUACUCUACCCACAAGUCGAAAGGGCGCUCUCGGUUUAUAAACGCACGCGAAUGGCAAAUAAGAAGUUAGGAUUGGCCCCGGACACGAAUACGGCCACUGACGUAGUACCUGUGUCUGGAGUUUCUGAGCCACUAACUCCUACAGAUGCGCAGGAUGAUAGUGCAGGAGCUCCAGACAGAGUCGGUCAAGACCAUCACGCCGCCUAA